CGUGCUGGGUAUGGAGCAAAGCCUACAAUCAGCAAGAUUUCUAGCAUCGUCUGCGCCGCACAGGAAUUGAAUUCUGGUGCAGGAGGAGCUGAGGAUGAGUGGAACACGGAGGUCCAGUAUCCGCUACUCAAGGUCGCGCUUGAGACAAGUCAGCAUUCGAAGGCGCUCUCCGUCCAUUCCGUAAAAACUGCUCGUAUCGACCCUCCAGCGCUCUGUAACCACAACCUCCCUGGCCUGAUCAUUGACUAUGCUGUCUGCCUCCAACCUGACUCAAUCAUUUUAAGCGCCUAUCGGUCCCUCCGGCCCUUGGCUUCAAAUACGGUCAAAUCCUGGAACCAUGUCACCCGUCUACAACACCUACCCAUUGCCAUUAACAUUGAAACCAAGGGCCCUAUGAAGUCGUGGACAGACGGUAAACCACAAAUCGGGAUCUGGACAGACGCGUGGCUGCGGCGAUGCGAGCUACUCUGGGAGGAUGGCCAAACUGCGCCCGCAGCUAUGCACAAGGACUGGCCAGCGAUACCAGUGCUCAUCUCACAAGGUCAUGAUUGGCACUUGCUAGUUGUCACGAAAACCAGCGAAAAAUUGGUCUUUAGGGAACAGAAAAUGAUUGGAAGUACGCGGAACUGCUUUGAUGCCCUUAAGAUCGUGGCUGUGCUACAUUGGCUCAUGAACUGGGCUGAGACCGUCUGGCGGCCGUGGUUUCUGUCGUUGAUCGCAGAAGAUGAU